CGGUGUACUUUCACUUUGCCCAAUGACGCUUUGGUGACUCGCUGUAGCUUUUCGUGCAAAGCUACCACAUAAACAGAACAUACAGUUUAGCUUUAAAGUCAUAGUUACUGGAUGAAGGUACACUUUCGCUGGACUAAACUUUUCAGACAAACGAAACGUUAACAAUAUGGUUAGCUAACCGAGAAACAACUAUGUUCUGACAUUCACGUUCGCCAAGUACCAUCUGUUGACUCUGACCUCCACGACAGCAGAGUGCAGUUCUCAAUCAUGGAGCGGCCUGGCCUCAAACAGAACCAGCUGUGUGGCUCUUGGGAGUUUAAGGAAAGACUUGGUAUGGGAGGCUUUGGGCAUGUCUACCUGUACCAACACCUUGAGACAGGAGCAAAGAUUGCUUUGAAACUUUGCCGCUUGGAGCUCAAUCACAAGAACAAAGACCGGUGGAGCAGAGAGAUUCAGAUCAUGAAGAAGCUGAACCAUGUAAAUAUUGUUCAGGCCAGAGAAGUUCCAGCAGAGCUCAGCUCCAUUGCUUUAAACGAUCUACCACUGCUGGCUAUGGAGUACUGCUCAAGAGGAGACCUACGCAAGGUGCUGAAUAAACCAGAAAAUUGUUGUGGGCUAAAGGAAAGUGAAAUCCUCUCAUUGCUCAGUGACAUUGGUUCUGGUAUUCAGUAUCUCCAUGAAAAUAAGAUCAUUCACCGAGACCUAAAGCCAGAGAACAUAGUUCUGCAAGAGAUUGAUGGGAAGCUUGUCCAUAAAAUCAUAGACCUGGGUUAUGCAAAAGAUCUGGAUCAGGGCAGUCUCUGCACAUCCUUUGUUGGAACACUUCAGUAUCUGGCUCCAGAGCUGUUUGAGAGUAUACCCUACACUCUGACUGUGGACUACUGGAGCUUUGGGACCGUCAUCUUUGAAUGCACAUGUGGCUUUCGGCCUUUUCUGCACCACAUGCAACCUGUACAGUGGACAAGCAAAGUCAAAAACAAAGGUCUUAAAGACAUCAUGGCAGUCGAAGACAUGAAUGGAGAGGUUCGCUUCUCUUCGCAUCUGCCAUACCCCAACAAUCUCAGCAGGCCACUGUUGGAGCCAGUUGAGUCUCUUCUUCAGAUGUUGCUACUUUGGGAACCUUCAAUGCGAGGUGGAGGACUGGAUCCUGAAACAAAUAAGCCAUACUGCUACACCAUUAUGCAGAAUGUUCUUAGCAUGAAGAUUAUUCAUGUGUUGGACAUGACCUCAGCCCAGCUGCACUCAGUGGUUUUGGGUGCUGAGGAGAGUUUACACUCCCUGCAGCUUCGUCUGGAAGCAGAAACUCAGGCACACAUCUCCCCACUGAGUCAAGAGCUGCUUCUGGAGACGGGAAUCUCCCUGGACCCGCGCAGAGCACCCGCACAGUGUCUGCCAGAUGGUUUGCAUGGAUGGGACAGCUUCAUAGUCUUCCUCUUUGAUAAGAGCCUUACCAGGUACUCUGGACCACUUACUGCAAGACCUUUGCCAGACAGUGUCAACUUUAUAGUCAGGGAGACAAAGACACAACUCCCCCUGUCUGCUCUUAGAAAAGUGUGGGGUGAAGCAGUCAGUUACAUAUGCGGACUGAAAGAGGAUUAUCUUCGCCUGUACCGGGGGCACAGGGCUGCCAUGCGGAGUUUGCUGCGUUACAACACCAACUUAGCAUGCUACAGGAACAGGCUUUUCUCCCAGUCACAGCAGCUCCAAGCCAAACUGGCUUUCUUUAAGACCAGCAUCCAGUAUGAUCUCGAGCAAUACACCAAGCAGAGGAGCAGUGGUGUCUCGUCAGAAAAAAUGCUGAAGACAUGGGAAGAAAAUGAAGAGAAGGCUGAGGGGUUUACAAAGGUUGCUAAUGUGGGUUUUUUGGAUGAAGAGAUAGUGGCUCUACAUUCUGAAAUAGUGGAGCUGCAGAGAAGCCUGUUUGCCAGGAAACAAGGGGAUGUGAUGGAACAGCUUGAAACAAAGGCUAUUGAGCUCUACAAGCAACUGAAGGCUAAAUGCAAAAGUCCCGAUCCUCCACAUGGCUACAGUGAUAGUUCAGAAAUGGUCAGGACCAUACUUCAGACAGUUCAAAACCAGGACAGAGUACUAAAAGAUAUGUACACUCACUUAAGUACCAUCCUGGUCUGCAAGCGACGCAUUGUGGAUUUGUUCCCUAAGUUGGAAAGGGCGGUAGAGAAUAUAAAAACUGCAGAGGCAGCAGUGAUGCAAAUGCAAAUGAAGAGACAGAAAGAGUUCUGGUACCUUCUCAAGAUUGUUUCUGCCCAGAACAAUUCUCCAUCACCGUCACUUAUUCAACAACCUGCUGACAGUCAAACAGUUAAUCAACUACUAGAUGAAAACCAACAUUACAUGAGUCAGCUCACUUCCUUGCUGCAAGAUGCCACCCAGGAGAUGGAGCAUAGUGUUAUGGAUCAGGACUGGAGUUGGACUCAGUUUGGUGGAGUAAAAGUUGAGUCUCAGAAGCUAUAAAGACUUAACUAAGGAUUUGUACUGUAAGAAGUGCCUUGUCAGAGCUACACUAUCCAAAUUGUGAUACUUUGUGCAGUAUGUAAUGCUGUAAGACGUUAUGAAACAUGAUUUAUUAAGCUAUGCAUGUUUUAAUAUAAACAUAUUCACUGAAUGUUAAGAGGUUUUGCCAGCAGUGGCAUCAAUGUAUUUAUUAUUCUAGUAAUAUUGAUAAGAGUAAAAAAACUGCUGCUGAGAAAUGAGGAAACAAGGAAUGCAAAUAAAUUUUUAUAAAUAUAUAGAUUAUA